AUGGCGAAGACCAGGUCGGCGGCGACGCCCCGCCCCUCCGCCUCCGGCACCUCCACCGCUACCGCCAGGAUCUCCUUCCGCUCCCGCAAGAUCGUCAAGACGCCACCAGGCAAAGCCAAACCCCUCGCCGUAGCCACUGUGCCGCCACCGGCGCCGCCCACUCCGGUGCUGCCCGCGCUGUCCGCCCCGGGCGAGCUCGCGGCGGCGCUGCGCCACCUCGCGGCCGCCGACCCGCUCCUCUCCGAGGUCAUCGCCUCCACCGACGCGCCCGCCUUCACAUCCUCCCCCUCCCUCCCCGCCUUCCACUCCCUCGCGCGCUCCAUCCUCUACCAGCAGCUCGCCACCUCCGCCGCCGCCGCCAUCUACGCCCGCUUCCUCGCGCUCCUCCCCUCCGCCGCCGACGGCGCGGUGAGCCCCGCCGCCGUGCUCGCCCUCGCCGCCGCCGACCUCCGCGCCAUCGGCGUCUCCGGCCGCAAGGCCGCCUACCUCCACGACCUGGCCGCCAGGUUCGAGGCCGGGGACCUCUCCGAGUCCUCCGUCGCCGCCAUGGGCGAGGACGCGCUCCUCGCCCAGCUCACCAGGGUGAAGGGCAUCGGCGAGUGGACUGUCCACAUGUUCAUGAUCUUCUCGCUGCACCGCCCCGAUGUGCUGCCGUCCGGCGACCUUGGCGUGCGCAAGGGCGUGCAGGAGCUGUACAAGCUCAAGGCGCUGCCCAAGCCGGAGGAGAUGGCCGCAUUGUGCGAGCGCUGGCGCCCGUACCGGUCGGUCGGCGCCUGGUACAUGUGGCGUCUCCUCGAGAGCAAGGGCGCCGCGGUGAAGAAGGCGAAGAAGGGCAAUGCGAGCUCCUAG